AUGAAGCAAAGCCUGAGUUACAGAGCUCUUCUCCUCUUCCUUCUUGUCCUUGUUCAUUCCUCUGAAAUAUCGGCACGUUUCCUAUCAAGCCAACAAGGGCAAGAGGAGGUAAAACUCAAUAAUAUCAGCAGUGAAGGAACUCUUGCGCAAAUUGAGAACAGUGAAUCAAUUAAUGAGCUAAUGGGGUUAGAGCUAUGUCAUAAUGGAGACGAGGAAUGCUUAAAGAGAAGGAUAAUUGCAGAGGCUCAUUUGGACUACAUCUACACCCAGCAUCACAAGCCAUGA